UCUCUUUUCGCUGAUUGGUCGGAUUUGAAUAGAAGACCGCGCGCGACAGUCUUGGUUUAAGGAAAUACAUGGCGGUUGGAUUAGAGAGCUACAAAAUCAACGGUAUGAAGCAGAAAACCUUUUAAAAUUAGCUAAUAUUUCCAUGACAGCUGUUUCUUAGUUGUUGUUUUAGCUGGUUAAGUUAAUAAUUAGCGAGUUCUGAGCUGUGGUUUCAGCGUCGGAGGAGUGUAACCGUCAUCCAGCACCAUGAUGGAGUCCUGCUUUAACGAUAAGGUGGCCAGGGCCGAAACCAUCCUGGUAGAAGACCUGAGGAGAGAUCUCCGCUUCGAUCUGACUGAAAUCGCAGAGGCUCAGGACUCCAGCUGCUUGGACAGAGAGUUUUUACAGGUGUACCUCCGGAUUAGACCGUUCUCACAGGCUGAAAUCGAAAACGGAGAAUCGCAGGACUGCGUCACCAUCCAUCCUCCUGACACGGUCCUCCUCAAAGCGCCGAGGUCGUCUCUCUCAGCCCGAGCGAGCGAUAAAUCAGUUCCACAAACAGCGCAGCGCUUUCAGUUCUCUCAGGUUUUCGGAGCGGACACGUUGCAGAAGGACCUGUUCGACGGCACGGUGAGAAAUCUGGUCAAAGACGUCCUGGAGGGAAAAAACUCGCUGGUCUUUACGUACGGAGUCACGAACGCUGGAAAGACCUUCACCUUUCUAGGCCCAGAACAUGACGUCGGCAUCCUGCCGCGCUCCUUAAACAUGAUCUUCAGCAGUCUGGAGGGUCGGAUCUUCACCCAGACCAGCGUGAAGCCUCACCGGUGCCAGGACGUUCUGAAGCUCAGUAAGGAGCAGCAGGUGGAGGAGAACAUCAGCAAACGCCACCUCCUCAGACUCCUCAGAGAGAACGAUACUCAGAAAAAUACAAGCAGCCUGAGCUCGAGCUCCAGAUCUGAAGGUUCGGAUCUGGCCGAUCCCGACAGCUCGGUGUCUGACCGGAGCUUCAGCGUGGACGCCGAUCCCCACACCAGGUUCUCCGUGUGGGUGUCGUUCUGCGAGAUCUACAACGAGAACAUCCACGAUUUACUGGAGCAGCCGAGCGGUACCGGAACCCGCCGGGCCAACCUGCGCCUCUGUCAGGACACCAAGGGGAACUCCUUCAUCAAGGAUCUGCGCUGGGUGCAGGUGAACAGCUCUGAUGAAGCGUUUAAAGUCAUGAAACUGGGCAAAAAGAACCAGAGCAUUUCAUCCACCAAACUCAAUCAGCUGUCCAGCAGGAGUCACAGUAUCUUCACGGUGAGGAUUUUGAGGAUUGAGGACGUUGCCUCUCUCAGUGUGCAGUCUGUCAGCGAGCUGUCGCUGUGUGACCUGGCAGGAUCAGAGCGAUGUGGUAAAACUCAGAAUAAAGGAGAUCGACUGAAAGAGGCAGGAAACAUCAACACGUCUCUGCUCAGCCUGGGGAAAUGCAUCAGCGCUCUGAAAGGCAGCCAGCAGGCCAGGCAGCACGUGCCGUUCAGAGAGAGUAAACUCACACACUACCUGCAGGGAUUCUUCACGGGCCGAGGAAGAGCCGCCAUGAUCGUCAACGUCAACCAGUGCGCCUCCAUGUACGACGAGACGCUCAACGUCCUCAAGUUCUCCGCCGUGGCACAGAAGGUGGUGGUGCUCAGCGUUCCCUCCGUCCUCUCGUUGGUGGUGAAGAGGAGUGCGAGGGAGGUGUCCUUCAUCAUUAAUAAGGCGACUCAGCGGGAGGCGCGGCGCACGUCUCUGGUGCGAUGGGAGCACGGCCGGGUGGACGGGAACGAGAACGAGAACGAGGUGUCUGAGGAGGAGGACGAGGAUGAGGAAGAGGAGAGCCUGCUGGAGGAAACGCUGCAGGAGGACGAAGGGAAGGAGACGGUGCUGCUGGAUAAAGAGGUGUAUGAGAAUCAGCUGCUGCAGUUAGAGGAGCUGCAGGAGCAGUUGAGGAUGGCGAGGGCGGAGACUGUAGCUGUGGAGAGUCGAAUCCGAGAGGAAGUGACUAAAGAAUUCUCUGAGCUCUUCACUCAGAUGCAGAAUGACUACAAUGAGCGUGUCAGUAAAGAGCGAGAGCUGGUGGAGGAGAGGUGUGAGCGCCGGCUCCAGAUUUUCAAACAGUUAGUGGAGAAAACCACCAGAGAAACUCGCAGUGAUGAUGGAGAAGAUCCUGCUAAAGCACAGGAGCGAGAGCCUCCGUCUCUAGACGGCAUGUUCGACUCCAUGUCCACCGAUCUGGCCGGGAUCAGGAAGGACGCCGAAGCGGCGCAGUCGUGCCUGGUGACCUGUGACGCCCGACCUUCAGUGACGCUGCGUGACCUUGAGAAAAAGGUCACGGAACUGACGGAGAAGCUCAGUGAUACACAGAAACAGCUGGAGAGCAGAACUCAGGAGUUGGACGCUCAGAGCGGCCUGGUGGAGCAGCUGGAGGACAUGAGGAAGACGCUGCAGAGCCGUGAGCAGAGACUGAAUGAUCUGGUGGUGAUGUGUGUGGAGAAAGACGAUAUAAUCACUAAAGUCCAGGCAGACCUGGACCGAGCCGUAGAGGACAGAACCAAGAACAGCGCUCUGAUUAAGGACCUCCAGCAGAAACACAACUGCACGUGCUCAGAACGACGAACGCUCCCCGAAACCAGGAAGCGCAGACAGGAAGGGGCGGGACCGGAGGACAUCCACGGACAGCCCCCUUUAAAGAAAGGGUCUCUUAAGGACACGACUACCUCAGAAGAUCCUAUGGAGGAGGAGGAGGAUGAAGAAGCACCUACGGCUGAGGUCAAAGAGUCUCCGGAUGUCUUUAGCGUCUGCGAUAACGACUCUUCUAUGACUGAGGUCAAAGGUCAGGUCGAUCGUCUUCAAACCGAAUUGCGUCAGAAAGACGAGCAGGUCGCAGAUCUGGAACGGGAACGCCAGACUCUGGAGUUCUGCAUCCAGGACCUGAAAUCAAAGCUGGAAGAAGAGAAGCGAUCCCGCGCCGGACUUCUACAAGAAACGGAGCAGAAGAUCGAGGAGGAGCAACAGCGAAAGUUUCACUCCAUCAUCACGAGGAUGAAUGAGAUGGACAAGAAACUCGGCACCGCCGAGAAAACCUGCGCCGCCUUAAGAACGUCUAAGAUGGAGCAGCACGGACCUGAGAUCGAACACAAAAACACGGUCAUCAAAAAUCUAGAACAGGAAGUGACUCGGCUCAAACAGGAUUCGCAAAACGUUGGCGAUGCAAAGGCCAGGCGUGACGAAGUCUCCAGGUUACAGAAGGAGAACGAGAGUAAAGCUGAGAGAGUGAAACUCCUGGAACAUCAGCUGAUAGAAAACAAAAACAUUCAUGAGAACCUCCAGAGGGUGAACUUUGACCUCCAGGCUGAGGUCACAAACCUGAAAGGUGUCAUCAAGGGAUUAGAAGAGAAGGCAGCACUUCUAGUGAGGGAGAACACGCUAAAACAAAAAGAGAAGACGGAAACCGAGCUGUCCGAUAGAGAGGCCCAGCUAGCCAAGAGGGAGGCGGAGCUUGCUGCGAAGGAGGCGGAGCUUGCUGCAGUCCAAGAGGAAGCACAGGAGGCACGAAAGAGAGAGGUGGAGAGGAGGAGAGAGCUGCUGGCUGUAGCCGAGGAGGCCAUCGCUCAAAAAGAUGCAGAACUUCAAAAACGAGAGGCGGAGAUCACCAGGCUGAAGGAGGAGAUGAAGUGCAGCAGUGAAAAGUUGUCGAGUCUCUCCUUAGACAUGCAGAGGAGAGCGGACGAGUCGUCUGAUCUGAGGGAGAAACUCGCCGACUCAAAGAAACAGAUUCAGCAGGUGCAGAGGGAGAUCUGCUCCAUGCGUGACGUAGAAAAAUCUCUAAAACAGAAACUGAGCGAUGUGGAGAAGACGAAAUCCCAGCUACAGAGCGAACUCUCGAACCGAGAUCGCACCAUCCAGCAGCUCAGGAGUUCCCGUUCUUCUGAUUCUAAGACAGAGGAUCACGUCCAUCUUUACAAAAAAGCUCUCAAAGAUCUGCAGCAGCGUGAAGGUGUGAUAGAGGAGAUGCGUUUGGUUCUCAGUGAGCAGGAAGAGACUCAGACUCAGAUGGACCUGGAGCUGGAGAACAGAGAAACACAGAUCCAUCAGCUCUCUCAGGAGCUGGAGAACCUGAAAGAGCUGCUCCUGAAACAAAGGAGCAGUAAACAGUUCCAUCAUCAUGAACCGGCGCACAGUGAUGACAUCACACGGGCCAAAGAAGAAGCAGCGCAGGCUCAGGACAACCUGAAGAUGGUCAGUGAGAAACACCAGGCCGAGCGCAGGAAGUGGACGGAGGAGAAGCUGGUCCUGAUCGCUCAGGCGAAGGACGCGGAGGAGAGGAGGAACCAGGACAUGAGACGAUACGCUGAGGACAGGGAGAGACACGCUCGCCAACACACUGAGAUGGAGUCGAUGAAGGCCUGUCUGGCUGAGCGUGAGCAGGAGAUGGACGAGUGGAGGAAGGAGAGAGACACACUCGUCUCUGCGCUGGAGGUCCAGCUGAUGAAACUCGUCUCCACCAUCGCAGAGAAAGACGAGCAGAUCAGGGAGCUGAAGCGCACUGACACACUUCAGCCACCAGAGGUGUGUGACAGUGGAGUGAUGGAGCAGCUGAAGGAGAAGGAGGCGGAGCUUAAACAACUGAGAGAACAGCUUAGGGAGACAACACACACACACACCACUACAGAGUCAUCUACACAGACUGUGUUGGUGGAGGAGUGUGUAUCUGAGCGGCUGGUGGACAGCACCACUCUGAAACACACGAGCCGGACUCGAGCAUCCGUCACCAGCCAGGGUUCUUGUGGCAGCGGUCCGUCCGUGUUGGACUCGUCGGUCAUCUCCACGGAAACGGGUCGCUGCUCUCGGUUCCCACGGCCUGAGCUGGAGAUCUCAUUCAGCUCCCUGCAACCAGAACGCUUCCGACUGAAACGCCCCGGAGACACCGGAGAGAUCACCGUCAACGUCUCACACACACACAACACACGCAAGAGGAAGAGCAGCGAGGUGGAGAGGAAACGAGGCAGCAGCAGAAAGAGCAAAGCGAGAACUCCUCAGGACGGUGUGGAUAGUGAGAACAGGAGGAAUAUGAGGUGUAAGAAAGCUCCCGGUCUCCCUGCACACCAGGAGGAGGAGAUGUCUCCUGCGCUAGUUGGGAAAAGUUCCCACAAUUCCCAGUUGAGUGUGCGAGGAAAAAAGGAGGGAAAGUUGCAGAAGAUUGGAGAUUUCCUGAACAGCUCUCCGACGUUCCUGGGCAGUAAAGCUAAGAGGAUUAUGGGAUUGAUGAGUGGAAGGUCUCCGGAUGAAGGCGGCUCGUCUCUGAGUCUGAAACGCACCAAACGAAAGAUCAACAUCUCGUCCCCUAUGAACAUCUCCGCUAAUCAGAUCAUCAGUCGAGAUGUGGAGGAGAGAGAAGAUCAGCUGAACAUCAAGAAACGACUUCGCACCAAAACUCCGAAGUAGAAGUUUCUCCUCCAUCGCUACGACGACAUCACUACAUCAUCACUACGACAUCAUCACUACAUCAUCACUACGACAUCAUCGCUGCUUUAUUUCCAUCUUUCCUCGUAUAACUCACUAUAUCCAACCGUAUCCACCAGCACUUUUACCUCCUGUUUUUAUUGCACACUUUUAUCUUUUAUCACUUUUUUUUGUUUUAUACUGUAUUAUAUUUCACUGUGUAAUAGCUGACUGACUUUAAAUAAGGGCUAAGGUUUUUAUUUUUUAUUUUAUAUUUUAGUUUAUUAGGUAUAACACUAAUGAAUAUAUAUAUGAAGCUAUAGUGGAGAUUUAUUAUUUUUUUUUUAGUGCUGCGUUUAAUCUGCGACGAUGUUUAUUCAGUCUGUCUGGAUAAAUAAAUGUAAAUACCACACAAAUCUGAGUCUGGAUUCUGAUUGGUUUAGAAGGUUUUGAUUUAUUUAACGAUAUCGUAUAGCGUUUCUAUAGUAACGGCUCAUUCACAGGGACUUGUAUAUCAGACACCCCAUAUAGACGGAUUUAAAAAGUGUGCAAUCGUUGAUAUUUAAGGAGACAUUUAUGUAACAUUGAUGGAAGGAGUCUCCAGUGUCAGCGCUUUGUAACAGUCAGAGGUGAAGCUGUAACUUUAAGUUUUCCGACAUCUUCAGGACAGAGGAGUUUACGCUUCUUUGCGGUUUCUCGGUAACAUGCGGAACAAGCUGCGUUUUUUUUUUUGUCUUAUUAACUUGAAGAGAGAGAAUAAAGAGGCUGGUGAGGGAACGAGUGUUUAUAGCUGCUAUAAUGUAAGCGACAACAGGAACUAACUCGUUUCACCGAACAUUAAAUGUAACUAUAAAUGGAUAAAAAACAUACACCAUGUAAAAAAUUUACGUUGUUGGAAAAUUGCUGUGGUGUAAGAGGAAUAAAACACUUGGGGUUUCUACCUGAGCUGAAAUGAUGCAGUU